UCGUUUUUGACACUUGUAAGAUAACCGAAUUGUACACAUCGACUAGACGCAAGUGAUGACUGUAUUCCUAUUGAAGAAUCGCCCAUCCUGGCAGCCCUGGCUGUGUGAAGGCUGUGUGCCUCGGAAGGGACCUGGGCUAAUACUGCGCUACUACAAGCACAAGCCCGCCUUCCGUCCCACAAGUCGGGAUCCCAUUACUGAGGCAGCGGAUUGCGUGAGGAACAAGUUGCAGGACACACGGAACAAGCUCCUGGGUCUGCUGCAGCGCUUCCAGAAGGUGGACUGCAUCGUGGAGAGGUCCCGCCGCAGACGCAAUCCCUUUCACUUCGUGGAUUCAAUGUCGGUGGCUUACGACGACAUCGAGGGUGAUAUGUUGGACGGCAUCGCGGGUUGGUCCGAUCUCGAGGACACCGACGAUUGCUUCAAAAUGUAGGACCACCGAGCCACGGAACUCGCGAACUGGAUGGGGGCACUAGUUACCCAAAUAAAUAUCGGUAGUCUCAA